ACUGGCAUGCUGCGCAAGUACAUUUGCAAAUUCAAGCAAUUGCAAAUGCAGACCGCACGUCUCGACGCUCUCCUGCCCCCAAACAGGCAGGGUUAGAGGCGUCUCAUUAGCCAGCCGGUGGUCAAGCCGGCGCUUCCUGACGCCGCACCAAACCUUCUAUGCGAGCCCCCUAUUGUCAGUCUCCAUGGUUUCUAGAUGACGGAUUUACUUCGGCCUACAUCCGACCCAUCUGCGCGGCAGCCAUUGCUUGCGACUCCGAAAGUGCUGGGUGGGGAAAUGUUAUGCAAGAGUUACUUCUGCAUGCAUACACAGCCUACCGAGUGAACCGAACAUUUGUUUGGUACGACCACGGGUGGAACACAGACGGUACGAAAUACACGUUUUACAAUGGUAAACGGAUACCCUCCAGGAUACCGCUCUCUGCUCUUUUGCAAGGACCUCUCGUGGGCGCACAGCCCAGGACAUCGGAGCCAUCUGCCAUCCACCCAUUCGGAGUUUCAGAAGACUACUUCAAUAUCAUCUGUCCGGAACGCGCUCGUCGAAAGAUCUCAGCGACAGAGAUUUUUGCGCUCAUUGGACACGAGCCGACAGUUGAGUCAUUGGUCGCCAAAAUGAUGGAGGCUGUGGGUGCUAUGCCUGACAAGUGCGUCGAGGUCAUGAAGCCUAAGACCUUCUUCGACGUUGAUGUGUUUGGCGACGGACGGCGGCUGCUGGAUGACUGGCCGGCGUAUUCGAAGUCGCCCAUACUCCAGGAAUUCUUCUGGUCUCCGCUUGUUGAGCUCGCAUUCGACACGAACCGCGAGACGUUCUCGUCCACGUCGCCCGCGACGUCCCUUCUCAGCUCCUUGCCUCUCUACCCCUACGCAGACAUGUCUCCAAGCGCGCAGCGAUACACGCCUCUCCCAGGACUGCUCGCGCUCCAUGUCCGACGAGGUGACUUUGUGGAACACUGCGUCAAGCUUGCGAAGUGGGGAUCGAGCUACGUCGGGUUCAACUCAUUCCCCGAGCUUCCGGACCGCUUCGAGUAUCCGCCGGAGAGCACCUCAGAGCAACGCAUCGCGUUAUAUCGGCCUCACUGCUAUGUCGAGGUUGCCGAUAUUAUCCGCCGCGUGCAGGAAGUUCGCGAGGCGGAGCGGGCGACGGGGCGUGACGAACUUCGGGAUGUAUACCUCAUGACGAACGCACCGGAAGAAUGGAUCACAGAAGUCAAACUAGCAUUGAAUGCUAUGCCCGGGGUAGCGUGGAGGUCUAUAUCCAGCAGCCGUGACUUGGUAGUGAACCGGGAGCAGCAGUACGUCAAGCAAGCCGUAGACAUGCUGAUCGGGCAGCGGGCGCAGGUUUUUAUGGGCAAUGGGUUCUCGAGCUUGUCUGGAGCAGUGACGAUGUUCCGGAUGGCUAAUGGCAUCUCGCCUGAUCAAUGUCGCUUAUUCUGAUCGUAGGCGUGUUUUGUGUGUUGUAAACCUGGGUAUGGAGGACAUUUGUCCGAAGAAGUGUUCAGCUCACUGAAAAUCGGGAUGUAAUGUUUGCGACUAAUGUAUACCGGGAUGUAGACUACGGGUGGGCUAGCCAUUUGUGUCGCGCUAUUUGACUCCACGGACGUUGAGCACGUUGAUUGAUACGUGUUGGCGUCCUCAAGGUGUCUCGGCAUUCGGACAUUCCUAAUAGGAUGGCUCAGUAGGAGUCGACCGCGCAAUUGCACCGACACCGCAUUCAAAUUGUGUGGUUCUA